ACAUGUGAUUCAGUGGGUAUUUUGAAGUACUUUCGCUACAGUUUCGUAAUGUCUUCAUGAACAAGUUAGUUAUGGAGUGUAAGGCAUCAGUCAAUGGGUUCCGAAAAACACUGUCACAUGCAGUUGAUCACUGUGGCCCCACAGCGAAACGCAUUUCUUUAAAGGCGAUUUCUGAUGUUAAAGGACUUCCUUCGGCUUCACAAAUAUUUCAAGACUCAUGCUUAAAGCUUCAAAAAGCGACAAAGGCAGUUUUUCUCAGCGAGCCUGUCGAAUCCACGCUUGAGGAGCUUUACAGGGUUAGUAACUUAUACUAAAUGAUUGUUUAUCUAAAGAAUGUCGAGGAUAUAUGUGCACAAAAAAUGAUUAUGGAAUUGUACUCAAGCCUGAAGGUUAUAUUCAGUGAAUAUGUAGUUGGACUACAACCUCAGUUUUUAAAAGUAGGUUUCCAACUCAGCGCAGUGGCACAGUGUUGGGGGUUAUACUGUAAAAAGAUGGUUUGUUCACUUGUAUUGCCCUUACAGGUUUUAGCUUCUCAUCAGGAAUAUAUUUCUUUUUAUGGAUAGACAACUUCUUCAGUUAAAUCCACAGAACUUACAAAUAUGGGAUCUAGCUCUUAAGUUGUUCCGAGAAGAUGUUAUUACUCAGGAGAAAGUUCAGUCCCGUUUGAUGUGCCAAAUACUGGAUGAAAUACAUAAAGAACGAUGUGGAGAAGCUAUUGAUCGGCAACUUUUACGUACUGUCAUCAGAAUGCUGGUGGAUUUAAAACUCUAUGAUUCAAUAUUUCUUGCCGAAUUUCUUUGUAAAAGUCAACAACUCUACGCUUAUGAAGCAGAUACUUUAUCUAGACAACUCAGCGUUCCUGAAUAUUUGUUACAUGUGGACAAAAGAAUCAUCGAGGAAGAAGAUAGACUUGUUGUAUAUUUAGAUUCUAAUUCAACUCGUAGUUUGCUUAUAUCAACUCUGGUUUCGGAAUUAUUAACUCGUCCAUUAGACUAUCUACUGGAUAACGGCUUAGUCAAUCCACUGAAAACGAAACAAACUUCCCAAUUAUCUUUAUUGUUUUCUUUAGUUUCACGAGUUCCCAAUGGUAUCGAAAAAUUGCGUACACAUUUCCGUAAUUAUAUCAUACAAAUGGGUCGUGAAAUGGUGGAAAAUCCAACACACGAUCCUGAAAAAGAUCGCAAUAUGAUUCAAAAUUUAUUAGAUUCACGGGAUUUUCUUUCGGAAAUUACUGUAUCGUGCUUUUCAAAUGAUCCCAGUUUCAUGCGUGUUUUACAAGAAGCCUAUGAAGAGUUUAUCAAUCAACGUCCGAACAAACCGGCUGAGUUUCUAGCUAAAUAUCUUGAUUCUCAUCUUAGAUCUGGAAAUAAAGCACAAACGGAAGAAGAAUUGGACAAGUUAAUGGAUAAGGCUAUGAUUCUGUUUCGUUUCAUCGAUGGAAAAGAUAUAUUUGAAGCAUUUUAUACUAAAGAAUUAGCAAAACGUCUUCUUUUGAAUAAAAGUGCAUCAGUUGAUGCAGAAAAAGCUAUGCUAUCAAAACUUAAACAAGAAUGUGGACCAAACUAUACACGCAAAAUGGAAACAAUGUUUCAGGACAUCGAGUUAAGCAAGCAGUUAAGUAAAAAUUUCCGUUUAUCUUUACCUGAUACUUAUGCAAUCGAAUUAAGCGUAAAUGUGAUUUGUCCAGCAUCUUGGCCACCGUAUCCACAAACAACAGCCAAUUAUCCCCCUGAAAUGGUGACUCUUCGAGAGGAAUUUACGCGCUUCUAUUUAUCCCAUCACCAAGGUCGAAAGCUGAUAUAUGAACCGUCUUUAGGGACUUGUGUUGUUAAAGCUAAAUUUCCGAUGACACCAAAUCUUCGUAAAGAAUUACAAGUAUCUGAACUACAAGCUUUAGUGUUAUUACAAUUCAAUCAAUCAGAUAAUGCUCCUAUUACUUAUACAACGAUAGCUGAAAAUACUGGUAUCGAAGAAAAAGAAUUAAAACGAACAUUACUUUCAUUAGCUGCUGGUAAAGGACAACGUGUAUUGAAAAAAACUCCUGGUAAUUUAGAGAUUGAAAACGAUCAUCAGUUUAUUUUCAAUACCGAAUUUCAUCAUCGACUUACGCGUAUCAAAUUCAAUCAAGUUCAACUAAAAGAAACUGAACAAGAACAAGUAGCUACUGAAGAACGGGUGUUUGCUGAUCGCGUUGCUCAUGUAGAUUGUUGUAUUGUACGAAUUAUGAAAACGCGCAAAACUAUUGACCAUAAUUCAUUGUUAUCAGAAGUCUACAAGCAAUUACAGUUUCCACUUAAAGCAAGUGACGUGAAGAAACGUAUUGAAAAUUUAAUUGAACGAGAUUAUAUGAAAAGAGAUUCCAGUAACGCUGCCACUUAUCACUAUGUGUCCUAGGUAAACGUCACUCAUUUACUUUGGGGAAACUGUUGCUUUUUUUCCAAAAAUGAAGAUGUAUAUGACAGUUCUGUUAUUGUUUAAAGUUAACGUUGCUGAUGCACUGCAUUUCAAGCAGUUGUGUGAGUUAAACAAUGGAAAGACUUCUUGCUACUUUUCUUCUUUUGUACAGCAGAUUCUGUUAAACCAUUUAAUCUUCACUUUUUUAAAAACUAGUAAUGAUGUUUCAUGUUUGUGUCAUUGUCCUUUGUGUGUGUUUGUUCUUUAAAAAACUAUUGAUAUUUACAACUACUUUUGCUCAUACUUUUCAGUUGACAAACUACUAGCAUUUUACUGAAUGUUAUAGAGAUGGAAAAAGUCUGUUUUGACCAGGUAACUCAUCUAUAUUUCAUGUUUCUUUUCCCACUACUGCUAUCUUCAUCGAGACUGGGUUACAAAUAAUAAAAAGGCUGAUUGAGAAAACCGUGUUAUCAAAUAUUUUUCGAUUUCAUGUUUACCAAUGGGAAUAGUACUUUACAGUUCAUCCCCUAUCAUUAUACGUAUCACUGUAUUAAAUGCUAGACGUUGCAAUGAAAGUUGUCUACAUAGGUUACAGACUUUUAUUUAAACAGUUCCUGUUUUGUUAAAGGUAAUGGGACUACUCCAUUGACAGACGUGUAAUGUGAUAAAUAACAGCCGAAUGUUUGGUGAUAUUAUAUAUCUGCAUCUGAUAAUUGCUGAUUUUCCACUAC